AUGAUUCUACGGUCUCAGCGACGCGACUUCGAUAUCAUUCUAUCGCUUUUCUUUUCAUAUCUGCUUCUAUCCGUGCUCGCGGAUUCACCUUUUGACUGCCAUAUAUCUGUCAGUGAUGUCAAAUUCGACCUGACCAAGUUAGCGGGCGAGCAUAUUGUAAAUCGGACGCGGACAACACCACCCACUGUGACAGUGGACUUCCUGACGUUCAAUCUGUGUGCCAACCUCAAGCCUCGGGAUGGCAUACCGGAGCAAGACCAGUGUCCGGAGGGAACACGAGUGUGCCUGACGGAGGUUAAUCAGAAAGAAAAUGAGGCGGAUCGUGUCACGGCUGUUAUUCCAUUAGCUCAGACAAAUGGGUUGGAACCCGUAUUCUCGUCGAGCCUAGCGCCCAAAUAUAUAUCAUUACUCUUUCAUGGACCAACUUAUUCGAAUCACUCUCUUCCUCAGUCGUUCAACCUGACACUCUUCUGCGACCCCCAAGCCACGUCCGAACCAGAAAUUAUCUCUUAUAAUGGCACGACCCUCAACCUAGAAUGGCACGCCCCUGCAGGUUGUCCGUUCCAGGAAGGUGAGGAUGGAGAUAAAGACGAAGGCAAAGGGGGGGACGAGGGGAAGGAAGAAGAGAGCGUUGGUAGCGGAAUCGGGUGGUUCUUCUUAGUAUUCUGCCUGGCAUUUGCUGCGUACUUCAUCUUGGGCGCCUACUACAACUAUUCGACCUAUGGAGCAACUGGGCUUGACCUCAUACCGCAUCGUGACUUCUGGAAAGAAGUUCCGUAUAUGCUGAGCGAUGUGAUUUCCCAUCUGUGUUCUAACGUUCGACCAAGAAGGACUUCAAGCCGUGGAGGUUACAUAUCUGUAUAG